GGUAGGAGCUAAGUCUGCACAGACACUAAUACUGAAAGUGUGUUCAUUACAUGAGGCAGAUCCGCUUGAUGUGGGUCUUGUCACACAUCAACCAAAGGAAUUGGAGAAUUCAAGACCAGACACAAUCAGCUUACUGCGCGCAGCCUACUCGCCUGGUAGGCGUUAAAGGUGCGGGGACGAGGGAGGGAGCGCCCACUGAUAACAAUCGGACAAAAUUACACUCGGGUGACUCCGCACCUAUUGUCAAAGACACCAAGGUCGGGAUGGCAAAUGAAACGAGAGGGAAAGCUGCAGCCCGCAAGCACAGCGCCACCCACUGGCGAAUGCAGGACAUCGCACAGGAGUCUGUUGACAGCUCAGAUGAGGAGUUUUUUGAUGCCAGAGCAGAUGUGCUGGAGGGGAAGAGUGCCAUCCUGCUCGGGAUGAGCCAGUGGAACUCCAAUGACCUGGUGGAGCAGAUUGAGACCCUGGGACACAUGGACCAAUCACAAGAGAGCCUGUAUGGUCUGGGGCGUCCUCGCUGUGUUCCUCAGAGCAGCAUCGAUGGUUUAGAGGACAUGGAGAAGACCCAGUGUAAGACCCACGUGUUGCUGCUGGUCCUGCACGGUGGGAACAUCCUGGAUACCGGUGGUGGCGACCCUGGCACCAAGGCUGGCGAUGCCACCACGCUGUCUUCCGUGCUGGAGAAGGUGGCACGCGCUCACUUUCAGGCGGCCGCUGAACACAUGAUGAUCAAGCUGGUGGCCUGCCCGGCUGUGUGCGCUGAGGCCUUCUCGCUGGUCUCAAAUCUGAACCCGUACAGCUAUGAUGAGAGCUGUGUGUCCAGCAGCGUCGAUCACCUGCCGCUGGCUGCCCUCCCACUCCUCGCCAUCGCAGCUCCGCACUACCAGGAUGCCGUGGCAACCCUCAUUGCCCGCGCCAACCAAGUCUACCACAGCUUCCUGGCGUCCCAGGAUGGACAGGGCUUUACCGGCUCGGUGUGUCUGAUGGGUGACUGUGUGGGCGGGGUGCUCUGCUUUGACGCCCUGUGUUUCAGUAGCAGCGGCAGCAGCCAGAGACAGCAGAGCAGCCCAAGCAGCAGCAGAGACAACAGCACUGAGAGCCUCAAGGAUAACCCUGAAGACAGCCCCUGUCCCAGCCCCAGCCUGGGUCUCAACUCCAGUAAGAGGCUGAGUAAGAGCAACAUUGAUAUCUCGGCCCUGCCCGGCGAUGGCCACAGCCAGGGCAGACAGCCUCUGGGCAGGAAGCAGAGUGACUCGUUUGAUGACACAUCCACUGGACAACACAGCUUCUUCAGCAGUCUGAUGCAGGACGGAGUGGACCUGCGUCCUGGCAGCAGUAGUAGUCUGAUGUUGAACCCAGGGAAGUUUGACUUUGAGGUUUCUCAGUGUUUUCUGCUGGGCUGUCCACUGGGCCUGGUGCUGGCAAUGAGACGCACGGUACUGCCCACAGUCCAGGUGAGUCACCUCCGUCCAGCCUGCACCCAGAUAUUCAACUUGUUCUACCCCUCGGAUCCCUCUGCUUCAAGACUGGAACCUCUGCUGGAGCCUCUUUUCCAUAAGCUACCCCCCUUUCCCAUGCCACGCUAUCAGCGCUACCCAAUGGGCGAUGGACGCUCCACACUCCUAGCUGACAGUAUCCAGAGCCACCCUGAGGUUUUCCUGGAGGCCGAGGCCAGUCCUGGUGCCCUGGCUGUGCCCCCUGCUCCGGACACAGACAGCAGUGAGAAGGAAGGAGCAGGGCGCCGGGCCAGUGUGACCAGCCUGGACAGUGAGACGUCUGUCUGCUCAGUGGGCCGGAUGAGUAGCACCAUCGCCAACAUUUCCAGUAGUUGGUGGGGCUCUAAGAGGAUGGACUAUGCUCUGUACUGUCCAGAUGUCUUGACCUCCUUCCCCACAGUGGCUCUGCCUCACCUCUUCCAUGCCUCCUACUGGGAGUCCACUGAUGUAGCUGCAUUUGUGCUGCGACAGCUCAUGCGAUGCGACAGUGUGAAGGCCCAGGAAGCCGACAGGAGGGAUUCAGCCCUCUUCUCUCCCUCCAGCCCACGGGAGAAGUGGCUUCGCAGGAGGACCCCGGUCAAACUGAGGAACGUGACUGACAAUCACAGGGUGAAUGAUGUCAUUUCCACAGAGGAGGGGCCACAGACUCUGGUUGGUCGGUUCAUGUAUGGGCCCCUGGACAUGGUGACGUUGACUGGGGAAAAGGUGGACAUUUUCCUCAUGACACAGCCCCAGUCUGGCCGCUGGGUCUAUUUUGACACAGAGGUGACCACCAGUAGUGGCAGAGUGGUUUACACUCUCCCCAAAAGCAAAAAGCUGGCCACUGGUGUCUACCCGAUCAAAAUGGUGGUAAAGGGAGACCAGACGAGUGCGGAGGCCUACCUGACAGUGCUGCCUCGGGGGAUGGAUUGUGUGGUGUUCAGCAUCGAUGGCUCCUUCGCUGCAAGCGUCUCCAUCAUGGGCAGCGACCCCAAAGUCCGCCCCGGAGCGGUGGAUGUUGUCAGACACUGGCAGGACUUGGGCUAUCUGAUUAUCUACAUCACGGGGAGGCCAGACAUGCAGAAGCAACGUGUGGUGUCAUGGCUGUCCCAACACAACUUCCCCCAGGGCAUGAUCUUCUUCUCAGAGGGCCUGGUCCAUGAUCCACUGAGGCAGAAAACCAUCUUCCUCAGAAACCUGGUGCAGGAGUGUCACAUUAAGAUAAACUCUGCCUAUGGCUCCAUGAAGGACAUCUCAGUGUACAACAUGCUGGGCCUGAGCCCUUCACAGAUUUAUAUUGUGGGCAGGCCUUCCAAGAAGUACCAGAAUCAAUGCCAGUUCCUCAGUGAUGGCUAUGCAGUGCACCUCUCUUCCCUGCAGUUUGGCCACCGGGCCAGACCCAAGAAGACCUCCUCGGUCCGAAUGGUCCUGAGGAAAGGCUCCUUUGGCCUUUCUGCCAAACCCGACUUCCUGUGUAAACGCACCCACCUGAGGAGAACCAUGUCUGUUCAGCAGCCUGACCCACCCUGCACCCCAAACCCCAAGCCUGAGCGGGCCCAGAGCCAACCAGAGUCUGACAAGGACCCGGGGGGAGGAGGUGGAGGAGGCGGUGGUCAUGGCGUCUGGGGGCGGGCCUCCAUGCACCGUGGAGACACCACUCCCUGACGGACAGAGAGAGAGAAAGAGAUGGCGGAUGGAAAAGGAGGUGGACAGGGGUCUCAGUGUCCUGGGCCAAGUGUCUUCACCUGUGUUGGAUGUUCUGCUGGUGUCAGCUGUGUGUUAACGUCCUGCUCCUCCUGAAGCUUGGCCCUUUACACUUCUAGAACUGUAGUUCACUCCCAGGACUCAAAAGAUAAUUUCACACAUUCCUCAAUCUUUCUCCUAAUGCUUAAAAACAGCAAUUGAUCCGUCCAUUGGUUGUUUUUAAAGCUCAAAGGACAUCCAGUGUAGCGUAAAUUUUUUCAGUGGCAGUGUUUAGAAACCAAUGUGUCACCUAUCUUUUGUUGAACAGAGCCACAUGGGCAAUUGGCAGUGUAAUUGUAAGGACACCCCUAUUGCAGAACAGGAGAUCAACAGACGGACACGCCCACAGUGUUAAGCCACCAGACUCCUCUGUGUCCCCUAUUAAGGACAUUACCGGAGGAGGACUGGUUGAAACCUACAGCAGAAGUGUUUCAGUCCAAGAAACACACCAUCAGAAGCUGUUCUGGACAGUGUGUUUAUUGACCUGCUGUGUUGACAGGUGGCAAAGCUACACUGACUGAUUCCUGCAAUAAUCCUCUAUGUAAAUAGGACAGACAUCUUGUCCCUCUCUAUGGUCCCUCUCCCCAGUACUGCAGUGGAGCCUCUGGCUGCCUCAUCCUGGGGACAUUAACCUCCUCAGCCCUGAUGACCUGACCUGACCCCAGUCCAGCCUUAGCCCUGUAGAUAUCCAUCCAUUCAUCCGUCUCUCCUUUUUACCUCAUUUAGUCAACGAGUGAGGCAGAAAAUAGCUUCUGACAGCACUCCUGGGAGGGGCCACAGAACCUGGUCGGCCCUCAAGGUUGCUCUGACUGAGUUAGACACAGACAUCAGAGUAGUCAUGAUGACCUGCCAUGAAGAAUGAUAGUAUACUGUAGAUUAAUUAAUUUUGUUAUGGUAGAAAGGAAUUGAAAAUUAAAACAGAAUACAUAAUAACAGUCUUAGCCUAUAUCUUGCAAUAGAACAUAACUUUCUUGUCAGGUGAAAUAACAUGCUGUGGUUCAAAAUGCUGUAGUCUAGCUGACAUCUAUUUUAGGAAAGCCACAUAUUGAACUGUGAUGGAGUCCUAAAGCUAAUGAACGGUUCUGUUUGUUGAUAUGAGGUACCAGGUUCCAAUAUCACAGUGUUCUAUGGUGGCUUUUCAAAAGAUCUGCCACAUAUUUUUCUAUGAUAAAACACAGCAUACAGAAAUAUUUUAAAAGUGUGUUUUAUGAACUUUGUUGGUUAACGUAUCUGAUCAUUACUUUUGCCUUAAAUUUUACUUUGUUGUUGUGUAGAAUUAUGAAAAUGACAUUAUUAUUCUAAUUGCUUGACCAAAGUAUGAGUUUUAAAUGAAUGAGAAAGUGCAUUGUAUCUUGAUAUUUUGUCUUGUACAUACAUUUGACCUAUUUGUGGAAAUGGAGACAUGCAGCACCACGCAUGCACUGUUAGGGAGUUUGUAUGUGUGUGUGUGUGUGUGUGUGUGUGUUUACGGGUGUGUGCUUCUAUGUACAUUUAUGUAUAUUUCUUUAUUAAGUAUUUAUUGUGUAAAUACCUGGAGUCCAAGAGCAUGACAAUUGAAAACUGUUCUGGGAUGCAAAGUCAAAGGAUGUUCAGUGUUGCUGGUGCCUCUUGUUAAACGUAGAGUGUUUUAUAUUGUUCAGAUUUAAGAUGAUUGUCUCAUCAAAGUUUGCACUGGGGUAGUUUAUAUAAGUGUGAAGAAAGAGCCAAAGCUUUAGAGUUGCCUCAAGGUUAAACUUUGAACCUAUUGACUGGACAGUAUUCCUCUGCGUGGUUGCAAUGAGGGAGAGAUGAAGAGGAAUGGUUUCUGCCUUUAUAGCACCACCUUAUUGGGCCAUUAUCGAAACAUACUAACCCAAUGACAGAACAGUGACUAUAUUUAAAACGUGAAUGUAAAUAAAAUCUCUGUAUCUGGUCUGGGUCUGUAGAUCGGUCAUGCUAUACAGUUAGAGAUACAUUCCGGGAUCUUAAGCACACCUGUAUACAGUGCCCUUCACAAUUAUUGGCCUCCUUGAUAAAGAUGGAAUGCUACAAAAAUAUGUUUUUAUUUAUUAGCACGAUCAAACACUGAAUAAAAAAACUAUAGAAACAAUCUUUAACUGAGGUUAAAUUGUUUAAAGAAAAAAUCAUCUUCAACAAGAAAUCAAUGUUUUUCUCAGGACGUCACAAUUAUUAUCAGCUCUAGAAGUUCUUGUGAACAAAAUCGAAUGCAAGUACAGUCAUUUUUGUUGUAGGUUCAUCAGUCACUACGAACUAUUUAGUGGUCACCUGUGACUUUCUGUUCAACUGGGGUAUACAUUUACAGACAUGCCAAACUCCCUAAGUCAUCUAUUAAUAUGUGAAAGGUGGAAGAACACAAAUUAAAUUAGACCAAAGUCUGUUGACAUUGAUAAAUUAUGUAAAAGUCAUAAAUACUGCUAUGUAAAUAACCAUGCCAACAACCUAUUUGGACAUCUUGACUAAAGAAAGCUUCUACUCUCGUCUGACCUUUGAACCCGGUUCCAAUAAAAUGUGCAGUGAUGGUUAGCAAACUCCAGCCACUGACAUUUAUUUAAUGACGAAAGUAGAGGCCUUGUCUAAUUGUAGUUUUUGAGCCUUGGUGGCAAAAAAAGAACAAAACAUAUUUUUCAGUGCAAAAUCACAAUCACAAAGCUUCACCAACUAAUCUUUAAAUGACACAAUCAUGCAACAUCAUUAACGUAUUUUUUCUUAAACAUAAAUAUUCUGUUAUUUUUAAACAAAGAAUAUAAUGCAAUCACAACAGACUACCCAACUAAACAUUGCUGCAUUGUUGAAAACAGUUGAGAAGAUAACUGUGGCGGACUAGACAGGUUUGUCUAGACAUUGACUGAGACGGAAAUAGAUCUUACUGAACAGUCCCAGUUGAUUAAAACAUCUUAAUUAUUGCCAUAUAAACAUUUCAAAUGUUUAACUUUUUUUUUAUAGCUAUAGCCUAAUUUAUGUUCAACAACCUUGGUCUGUUUUCUUUUGUGUGUUCUAUAACUUUUGCCAUGUUGAUAAAUGUUUAAAUGACCAUUAAAUGAACAUAUUUACAACCCAGUGAAUAUAAAAUACUGCUAUUUCAUUUAGUUCUGGGGUUCCAAUAUUGUUUUAACCUCUAUUAAAGGUGAGAAUUCUAUGCUUUUUUAGUGUAUGAAGAAGCUGAUAAACAAUAAUGAAAUUUUUAGUAUAGCUUUUCAUGCUAAGCUUUACCUAAGGGACACUGUAUAUCAUACGUUUUGAAAAUGUAUAUAUGUUUUUAUAUAUAUAUUCAUCUUAAGAAAUGGGGUACCCCUUAGUAGUAAUUACACUGUAGGGAGGGGCUAUUCCCCUUGCUGCUCUGUAGGAAAGCACCAUAGUCUUGUAGUGGAUGCAGGCUUUACAUGGAAGCCGUUUGACUCGGGAAGGAGGAACACCAGGCAGGCACCGCUCGGCGUUAAGUGGAAUGGUUUCGAAGGCACAAGCAGAGAGCCCUGCCAACAAGUUGCAGUUAUCCAGAUGAGAAAUGACAAGUGCCUGGAUUAGUACCUGCACCAUUUCCUGUGUGAUAUUAUUAUAAUUUCAAACUAUAAUAACAAGUUAUGAAAUUGGUGAUGUGGUACACAAUUGGAUGAGUUAAACAAGAAAUGGGGUCCCUUAGUGUUUCAUGACCACUGCUUUCACUACUACUAGCUUUUUAUAGCCAGUAGUAUAUAGAAUUAUAGAAAACUCUGGAGUGAAUAUUCAAGUGUAAACACAGAUUUUGACUUGUGAUUUGUAUGUUGAUUAAUGUUAAAACAUUGAUUUUGUAGAAAUCACGGCAAUGUCAUCUGAGCAAUGAAAUAAUUGUUCCCAUAAGUAUAGUGGUUGGAAUGUACACUGUAUGAUAAUCAAUGUAUCUUCAAAACACAAUAGGAAUUAUACAGUUACACAUGUAGUGAUUUUGAUUUCAGCUGGCAUGUGAUAAAAUGUGGUGGGAAGGGCAGAAAUUAUGUAUUACCAUGAAAUAUUUAAAAAAACUAAUUUAUGUUUGUUUCUUGUCAUGCUUAUGUUAACUUUUAAUCUUGAGAAAGACUAUUGGUGAGAGUAUGUUCCUGCAGAAAUCCAAUUGAAAGUUUUGUACAGAUUUCCUGUAAUUGUGUUAUUUGACUUCAACCAUCUCUUACUAUCCUGUGAGUAAUAAAACAGAGCCCACACAGUGGCUCAUUUGCUUUCAAAA